GUCCGCUGUGUUGUAUGGAACGGUGGAUCUCGAAAAGGUUUCCCCGCAGUCGGCACCGGUCUCAUCUUUUAGCGGGGCAGCGAGGCAUGCUGUGGCGAGAGGCCGCUCGCUCGCCUCUCUCAUCUUCCCUCGCUUCCCUCGCUUACAUGUCGAUGAUGGGGAGCAGAAUCUGACAGUGACCUGGAGGAACAUAGCGUCCUCGGGGAUUAUGAUUCAUCGGCCAGCCGAAGACAAAAUGCUAGGAAACUCCGAGGCAUCCCAAGGAUGCCCCAAAGUUACCUCUUACUCUAACUCUCAGGAAAGUGGGGAUGUUGUUCAACAGAUUUCUGUGCCAAAAAAUGCACCUGUUCAUGAUCCUAUAAAAGCAAAUAACUCGAUGAUCUGGGAGCGUAAUGCAGUACUAAAUCAAGGUUAUAGUGGACCUUUCUACAGACAAGAACCAUAUGCUCUGCCAUAUCUCCAUACUGAUUUUGUAAUGCGGCAGCAAGUCCAACUGAAUGCCUUUGAUAGCAAUCUUUAUCCUAUAAACUAUUAUUCAUUUCCUGUUGGAAACAGAUUUAGUUAUAUGCCACCAGUCAACAUGUUUUCACAAUCGCACCCACAAAAAUAUCAAAUUCAAGAAUUCCAGUACUUUGUAGUUAUUGACUUCGAGGCCACAUGUGACAAAGACAAGAAUCCACAUCCACAAGAGAUCAUUGAGUUCCCAUCCGUGUUAGUCAACAGUGCAACUGGUCAACUAGAAGCUGUUUUUCAGACAUAUGUGCGGCCUGCAUAUCACCAACAUCUUAGUGAUUUCUGCAAGGAGCUCACUGGGAUCCAGCAAAUUCAGGUAGACAGAGGUGUUCUUCUAAGUGAAGCUCUGUUGAUGCAUGAUAAAUGGUUAGAAAAGAGAGGAAUCAAGCAUAACAGCUUUGUUGUAGUGACAUGGUCUAACUGGGAUUGUCGUGUUAUGUUAGAAUCUGAAUGCAGAUUUAAAAAGAUUAGGAAGCCUCCCUAUUUUAACAGGUGGAUCAACUUAAAGGUUCCAUUCCAGGAAAUGUUUCAAGGUGUCCGCUGCAAUCUCAAGGAAGCCAUCCAGCUUGCUGGAUUGACAUGGGAGGGUCGUGCACAUUGUGGCCUUGAUGAUGCCCGUAACACCGCCCGCCUCCUUGUUCAUCUGAUGGAUAUGGGCUUCAAGUUCUCUAUUACUGAUUCCUUAACUUCGCAAGCUGUGGAGUUUCCCAUAAAAUACGAGCCAUUCCGUGAUCUUUUGUUGGACCAAAACCACUACAUCUCAAAGUCCAAAGAACUGGUCGGUGCUCCUGUCCAGUUUCAUCCCUUUGUGGACCCCAAUGGAAAGGAGAGGCAAACCUGUUGCUACUGUGGGGUGUUGAGCAGCAAGUGUGUCGUCCGCAAGCCUGGACCAACCCAAGGCAGAUGCUUCUUUGGGUGUGGCAAUUGGACUGCUGCAAGGUAUGCGGUCUGUAGCUACUUUGCAUGGGCAUCUCCUUGAUGCUGGGCAUCUCUUCGAAAGGUUGAUGCUUACAAGAAUCAUCCCUGCCCAAGAAGCUGCGUGAUAGAAUUCUCUAACUCAAUGAAGCAAUUAGGUAACGAAGUUUUCUCCACGUUGGCAUAUAUAUAUAUAUAUAUAUAUAUAUAUAUAGCUAGAACUGUGUCUUCAUGACAAGUCUUUAGGUAGUAUCUGACCUGUGACACUGACUUCUUUUUAGUAGAUGAUAAUGGGGAUUAGAUGCUGCUUAAGAUAUUUAACUCUUAAUAAUCAACAUUGUGGACCAUUUCAUUCC